UUCAUUUGGUCAUUCCUCCUCCGGGCUCCAGGGCUUCGCGUGCGUUUUCUUCUCUGCGACUCUGCGUUUCUUCUCGCCUCCCACAGACCACAGUCCCACCGCCUAGCCACAGCCACUCGCCAGUCCACCACGGCGCUACCGGUCCACCUCCUCCCACUGCAUCGCCACCGCCUUUCCGCCUCUGCCUCCGCCUCGAGCCCCCCACUAGCCCCUUCUAUUUCCGAGAAAAGGUCUCGUCGUUCUCUAUGGCGGUCCCCAUCAAUCGCGAGUAUUUCCUGUACCUAUGUAAGCUUGCUGAGCAAGCGCAGGACUACAAUGAGAUAUUUGAGUUAAUGGGCGAUACGGUCGGAGUUCUAGACUCCGAGCUAACAAGGGAGGAGAUCAGACUCCUCAGCCUCGCUUAUAGUAAGGUCACCGGCCCUCUCCGAGCCGCGUGGCUCGUGGCCUAUAACAACGAGACGUUGGAGACGGACGAGCAAAAGCAAACUCUGGCAAAGGGUUACCGAGAGAAGCUGGGAGAUAAACUUUCUAAGUUGUGUGAUAAACUGGAAGGCAUGCUUGAUUCAAUCUCCCCUUACACUACUUCCUCCGAUGCUAAGCUUUGUUACUACAAGCUGAGUAGCGAUCACUUCCGCUCCCUCUCUGAAUUCCAUGUAGGACCUGAUAAACAAAAAGUUGACAUGGAUGCUGAGGUUAUGUAUGUAAAUGCUCAGGCUCAUGCUGAAGCUGUGUCCCCAGCAGACCCAGUAAGACUGGGUCUGGCCUUCAAUUACUCAGUUUUCCAGUAUGAAAACUUGAAAUCCCCGGUAGCUGCAAUUGAAACAGCGAAUAAGGCAUUUGAUAAUGCCAUGGCUAGCAUAGAUACGCUGGAGAUGUUGGGUGAGGAGAGCACCCACGUAUUGGGGAUGCUGCAUGACAACCUCACCCUAUGGAAUGCUGCCUAGGGCGUUGAAAAUAGGCUUCAACAAGGCCUCCUUUCUGUACAUGCGCAAGGAGAAGGAGCUGAUGAAGGAGCUUGGAAUGGACCAUUUGGAAAGAACUGGAUCUUUCAGUCCUUGGAUCUGUUCUAGAUUCAUUUUGCUUGUCUUGUAAGAACUAUCCUCGUUUGAGAACACUGGAUUUGCUUUGUUAAUCAUUUGCUUAUUGAAAAUAUAUGACCAUUCUCUUCUCUUCUCUUC